AUGGCACCCAUUCCCAAAACCAUGUUCGGCGUUGUUAUCUCUCGUCCAGGUGGCCCCGAUGUCCUGGAAUACAAGACCGAUUUACCCGUCCCUUCUCUCGGUGAAGGCCAAAUCCUCGUCCGCAACGAGUAUGUUGGCGUCAACUACAUCGACACAUACUUCCGUACCGGUCUCUACAAACCUCCCUCCCCCUCCUCCAACAGCAACCACCCCUCCACCAACGGCUCAAACGACACCCCCUCUCCCUACCCCCUGAUCACAGGCAAAGAAGCCGCCGGCACCAUCACCGCCUCCUCCCACCCCUCCUACCCCGUCGGCUCCCGCGUAGUCUACCUAGCAGACAACACAUACGCCCAAUACACCCUCCUAACCUUCCCCCUCACCCAAGCCACUAUCCUCCCGGCCUCGCUCACCCCCGAAACCGCCUGCGCAGCCUACCUCCAAGGUCUCACCGCCCUAACUUUCGUCCGCGAAGCAGCAGGAAUCACCCAGCAACUCGGAAUCUCUGAAGGACCAUGGACCCUCGUCCACGCAGCAGCAGGCGGGACAGGCUCCAUGCUCGUCCAGAUCCUCGCCGUCAUGGGCGCCAAGAUCAUCGCCACCGCCGGCGGCAAGCAGAAGUGCGAAUUGGCCAAGAAGUUGGGAGCAGGAUGGGUGGUUGACUCUAGCCUCCCGCAGGAAGAAGUCAUCCAGCAGGUCAAGGAAAUCACCAACAACAAGGGCGUAGACGUGGUUUUUGACGGGGUGGGCAAGGCGACGUUUGGAACGGUAGACCUAGAAAUCGUGGCGAGGAAGGGGACGAUCAUUGUGUUUGGGAAUGCGUCUGGCGCUGUUGAACCGGUCGACCUCUUCCGCCUGAUGCCCAAAAACAUCAAGAUUAUGAGACCUUCCAUGCCCGGAUACAUCACCACCCCAGAGGAAAAGGAGACAUUUACCAGCGAGCUUUUUGACUUGCUCGUAACGGGCAAGAUCCACGCCAAUAUCCACCAAGUUUAUCCCCUCAAGAAUGUUGCCCAGGCGCACAUCGAUCUGGAGAGCAGGAAGACCACGGGCAAGCUUCUCCUCAAAGUCGAAUAG